AAACCCUUCUCAAUUCCAAGGGUUUUUCACUCUCCAUUUCCACUCUCUCUCUUCUCUCUCUCUCUCUCUCUCUCCCUCUCUCUCUCUCUACAGAGGAGGCAGGAACAACAAGAGAUAACGCUUCCCAUUCCCACCCUCGAUAAUGGCUCCUGUGCUCAGCAGAACCAUAGCCACUACCUCCAUAGCUUCCCUCCCUUCAUCCCCUUUCGCUCCCCCAAGGUCUUCCCCCACCCUCAAAACCGCUUUUCUCCCACCGCAGCCCGGUGGCAGAAAAUCCUUCCCCUCCGCCGCCGCGUUGAAGUGUAGACACCGCGGCAGUAGAACGAACAGGCUCGCUGUCCGCUGUGAUGCUGCUGUUGCCGAGAGAGAAGAGGCCACUGGCGAGAAGUUUGAGUACCAGGCUGAGGUGAGUCGCUUGAUGGAUUUGAUUGUUCACAGUCUUUAUAGCCACAAGGAAGUUUUCCUUAGAGAACUUGUGAGUAAUGCUAGUGAUGCUUUGGACAAGUUGAGAUUCUUAAGUGUAACAGAGCCCUCUUUGCUUGGAGAGGCUGGAGAAUUAGAGAUACGCAUCAAGCCUGACCCGGACAAUGGAACUAUUACGAUAACUGAUACUGGUAUUGGAAUGACUAAGGAAGAGCUUAUUGAUUGUCUUGGAACUAUUGCCCAGAGUGGUACCUCUAAAUUUUUGAAGGCACUUAAGGAAAACAAGGAUCAAGUAGCAGAUAAUGGUUUGAUUGGUCAAUUUGGUGUUGGAUUCUACUCUGCUUUUCUUGUUGCUGAUAGGGUUGUUGUUUCUACAAAGAGCCCGAGAUCAGAUAAGCAAUUUGUGUGGGAAGCAGUAGCUGACAGCAGCUCUUAUGUUAUAAGGGAAGAAACUGAUCCUGAAAAGCUUCUUCGUCGUGGUACAGAGAUUACACUCUAUUUAAGACCUGAUGAUAAGUAUGAAUUCUCAGAGCCAUCCAAAAUUCAGGGUUUGGUGAAGAAUUACUCACAGUUUGUUUCCUUCCCCAUCUACACAUGGCAAGAAAAAUCAAGAACUGUGGAGGUGGAAGAGGAAGAACAGCCUAAAGAAGGGGAAGAACCAAAAGAAGAGGGGGAGAUAAAGAAGACAAAGAAGACUAAAACUGAGAAGUAUUGGGACUGGGAACUAGCCAACGAAACAAAGCCAAUAUGGAUGCGGAGUCCAAAGGAAGUUGAAACGGAUGAGUACAAUGAGUUUUACAAAAAGGCUUUUAACGAAUUCUUAGAACCACUUGCAUAUACUCACUUCACUACUGAGGGUGAGGUUGAGUUCAGAAGUGUUCUAUAUAUUCCAGGAAUGGGACCUCUUAACAAUGAAGAAGUAGUGAACCCUAAAACGAAGAACAUACGCCUGUUUGUUAAGCGUGUGUUCAUCUCGGAUGAUUUUGAUGGCGAGCUGUUUCCUCGAUACUUGAGCUUUGUGAAGGGUGUGGUUGAUUCAAAUGACCUUCCUCUCAAUGUUUCUCGGGAGAUCCUUCAGGAAAGCAGAAUUGUCAGAAUAAUGAGAAAGAGACUUGUCAGAAAGGCAUUUGAUAUGAUUCAAGAUAUCUCUGAAAGAGAAAAUAAGGAGGACUACAAGAAAUUCUGGGAGAACUUUGGUAGGUUCCUGAAGUUGGGUUGCAUUGAAGACAGUGGAAAUCACAAGCGCUUAACACCACUAUUGAGGUUUCACACUUCCAAAAGUGAGGAUGAACUUAAAAGCCUAGAUGAUUAUGUUGAAAACAUGGGUGAAAACCAAAAUGCUAUCUAUUACCUAGCAACUGACAGCUUGAAAAGUGCAAAGACUGCUCCAUUUGUAGAGAAAUUGCUUCAAAAAAAUAUUGAGGUUCUUUAUUUGGUUGAACCUAUUGACGAGGUUACUAUUCAAAACCUACAAACAUACAAAGAAAAGAAAUUUGUUGAUAUCAGCAAGGAGGAUUUGGAACUGGGUGAUGAGGACGAGGUCCAAGAGAGGGAAACCAAGCAAGAAUACAACCUGCUUUGUGAUUGGAUCAAACAACAGCUUGGUGAUAAGGUAGCGAAAGUUCAAAUCUCUAAGCGCUUGAGCUCAUCUCCCUGUGUGCUUGUAUCUGGGAAGUUUGGUUGGUCGGCAAAUAUGGAGAGAUUAAUGAAGGCUCAAGCUCUUGGAGACACGCAAAGUUUGGAGUUUAUGAGAGGGAGGAGAAUAUUGGAGAUUAAUCCUGAUCAUCCUGUCAUCAAAGACCUAAAUGCUGCCAGCAAGAAUGCCCCUGACAGCAGCGAAGCUCAAAGAGCUGUUGACCUCUUAUAUGAUACUGCACUAAUUUCAAGUGGAUUCACCCCUGACAGCCCUGCUGAGUUGGGGAACAAGAUUUAUGAAAUGAUGGCCUUGGCCCUGGGAGGAAGAUGGGGUAGAUCAGAAGAAGAGGGAGAUGUAUCAGUUGAAUCUGAUUCAAACGCAGGUGAAGCUCAAGACACAGAAGUUUAUGAGCCUUCUGAAGUCAUAGCAGAGAGUGAUCCUUGGACAACUGACUAGACUAGGUGUUCUAUGCCCUCAAAGAAUAAGUUAAUUUUUUUGGCAUUAUAGGGAAUGAUAAGGUAAGGGAAAAUGGGGAAUAGACGCUGAAGGGAAAUUUCUUAUGAUUUCAUAGCACUGAAGGGAAUUUUAUCAUAUCAUGUAGAACAGUAGAACAUUUUUAUUUGGUUGAAGUAGAACAGUAAAGCUGUGAAUGCCAUAAAGGAGCUAGUGUUAUGGGGCCUUUCUCAAUGAAAUUAAGGUCCUGGGACUGGAGGUGGCAACAUUUUUGUUACUCGAUGGUCUUGUAAUUCUAUCAUUUUUAAGGGUUUAGAAUCUUUUGUUUGGCUGUUUGCGAACCUAUAAUAACUGCUUAUUUAUUUGUUUUCUCUUUA